ACGAUGAAGUUCCUGGCUGUCUGCAUUUUCCUGAUCUUCGCCCUGGUGGCCGUCCAGGCCAAUGGAGGUGGUGGCGGAGGAGCCAGUGCCCAGGCAAGCGCCGAGGCCACUGCCAACAGCUAUGGAGGCCCAGCUGUCGCUUCUGCUCAUGCCAGUGCUAUCGCCGAAUCUGAUUCCUCCGGCGGACGCCAUGGCCCACACAGACGAGGAUAAAUCCAAGAUGGAGUUAUAGGUGGACUCUUAAGAAACAGCCACGUCCACGGACGAGCCUUCUCUGUUGAAGCGAUUUCGAUACCAAGUUUUAAAUUAAAAUGCAAGAUUUUUUUCCGGA